CCGCAUCCAGACGCGCUGCCCGCCGCUGGCUGAUGCCCGCCCCCUCCCCUCCUCCUCUUCCUCCUCAUCAUCCUCAUCCUCCUUGUCCUCUCCGCGUCGCUCCUCAUCUUGGUGCUGUUGUGCGCAAAAAUCUCCCGCGCCGGACUGAGGGGACGCAGGAGGAGCCGCCGCCGGAGCGGACAUGGAUGUUUAACCCGCACGCUGCUCUCCGCAACAACACGCUGUUUGCAGAUUUUUUUUUUUUUUUUUGCUUUAGAUUUAUUUUGGGGUGGCUUUUUUUUUUUUUUUUUUUUCUUCUUUAGGAUGUUGCUUUUGCCCUAGGAGGGGAGAGGAUCUGCUCGAUGCUUCUCUUCAGUUAAUCACGGAACCAAGAUGAGGAUUUCUCCCUGUGGCUGGAUGCUGUGGAUGUUCUCGGGCUUCGCGAUGGGAGCUUUCCCCGGCAGCGUUCAGAUCGGUGGUCUGUUCAUCAGAAACACGGAUCAAGAGUACACGGCCUUCCGCCUGGCCAUCUUCCUGCACAACACGAGCCCCAACGCGUCGGAAGCCCCGUUCAACCUGGUGCCUCACGUGGACAACAUCGAAACGGCCAACAGCUUCGCCGUCACCAACGCCUUUUGCUCGCAGUAUUCCCGCGGUGUCUUCGCCAUCUUCGGCCUGUACGACAAGCGGUCGGUGCACACGCUGACGUCGUUCUGCAGCGCGCUGCACAUCUCCCUCAUCACGCCCAGCUUCCCCACCGAGGGCGAGAGCCAGUUCGCCCUGCAGCUGCGGCCGUCCAUCCGCCGCGCGCUGCUCUCCCUGCUCGACCACUACGACUGGAAGAAGUUCGUCUUCCUGUACGACACGGACCGAGGGUACGCCAUUCUGCAGGCCAUCAUGGAGAAAGCCGGACUUGACGACUGGCAGGUCAGCGCCAUCUGCGUGGAAAACUUCAACGACGCUAACUACCGCCGCCUGCUGGAGGACCUGGAGCGCCGCGAGGAGAAGAAGUUCGUCAUCGACCUGGAGGCCGAGAGGCUGCAGAACAUGCUGGAGCAGAUUGUGAGUGUUGGGAAACAUGUGAAGGGUUACCACUACAUCAUGGCCAACCUGGGAUUUAAGGAUAUCAACCUGGAGCGCUUCAUGCAUGGGGGCGCCAACGUCACCGGCUUCCAGCUGGUCAACUUCAGCAACCCCAUGGUCAUCAAGCUGAUGCAGCGCUGGAACAAACUGGACCAGAGGGAGUACCCGGGCUCCGAUGCCCCGCCCAAGUACACUUCUGCGCUGACGUAUGACGGCGUGAUGGUGAUGGCUGAGGCCUUCAGGACGCUGCGCAGUCGAAAGGUGGACCUGUCCCGACGAGGGAACGCCGGGGACUGCCUGGCGAACCCUGCCGCCCCCUGGAACCAGGGCAAAGAAAUGGAGCGCACCCUGAAACAGGUCCAGCUGCAGGGACUAACAGGUAAUGUUGAGUUUAACGAGUUUGGUCAGAGGAUCAACUACUCCAUGGACGUGUUUGAGCUGAAGAGUAACGGACCCAGAAGGAUCGGCUACUGGAACGGUGACGACAAACUGGUUCUGGAGGAGGAAACCCAGCAGCUUUCCAAUGAUACCACAGGCAUGGAUAACCGAACCGUUAUCGUGACGACCAUCAUGGAGGGUCCCUACGUCAUGCUGAAAAAGAACUGGGAGUCGUUCGAGGGCAACGACCAGUACGAGGGUUACUGCGUGGACCUGGCCUCCGAAAUCGCCAAACACAUCGGCAUAAAGUACAAGAUCGCCAUCGUCCCAGACGGGAAGUACGGCGCCAGGGACCCAGAGACCAAGAUCUGGAACGGCAUGGUUGGGGAGCUGGUGUACGGGAAAGCGGAAAUCGCUGUGGCCCCUUUGACUAUCACGCUGGUCCGGGAGGAGGUGAUUGACUUCUCCAAACCGUUCAUGUCGCUCGGCAUCUCCAUCAUGAUCAAGAAGCCGCAGAAGUCCAAACCGGGCGUGUUCUCCUUCCUGGACCCGCUGGCCUACGAGAUCUGGAUGUGCAUUGUGUUCGCCUAUAUCGGCGUGAGCGUGGUGCUCUUCCUGGUCAGCCGCUUCAGCCCGUACGAAUGGCACACCGAGGAGCCUGAGGAGGGCACCGACGGUCCGCCAAGCGACCAGCCCCCCAAUGAGUUUGGCAUCUUCAACUCUCUCUGGUUCUCCCUGGGCGCCUUCAUGCAGCAGGGCUGUGACAUCUCCCCCAGGUCGCUGUCUGGCCGGAUCGUGGGUGGAGUCUGGUGGUUCUUCACCCUCAUCAUCAUCUCGUCCUACACGGCCAACCUGGCGGCCUUCCUCACCGUGGAGCGCAUGGUUUCGCCCAUCGAGAGCGCCGAGGAUCUGGCCAAGCAGACCGACAUCGCCUACGGCACGCUGGACUCCGGAUCCACCAAGGAGUUCUUCAGGCGCUCCAAGAUCGCCGUCUAUGAGAAGAUGUGGGGCUACAUGAAGUCGGCCGAGCCCACGGUGUUCACCAAGACCACGGCAGAGGGUGUGGCGCGGGUCCGCAAGUCGAAGGGAAAGUACGCCUUCCUGCUGGAGUCCACCAUGAACGAGUACACGGAGCAGAGGAAGCCCUGCGACACCAUGAAAGUGGGCGGGAACCUGGACUCCAAGGGUUACGGCGUCGCCACGCCCAAGGGUUCACAGUUAAGAACGCCCGUAAACCUUGCCGUAUUGAAACUGAGUGAAGCAGGAGUCUUAGACAAACUGAAAAACAAAUGGUGGUACGAUAAAGGGGAGUGUGGACCCAAGGACUCUGGAAGUAAGGACAAGUCGUCCCAGGCCCUCAGCCUGAGCAACGUGGCGGGGGUCUUCUACAUCCUCGUCGGGGGCCUGGGUUUGGCAAUGCUGGUGGCCCUCAUCGAAUUCUGCUACAAGUCACGCAACGAGGCCAAAAGAAUGAAGCUGACCUUCACAGAAGCCAUGAGGAACAAGGCUCGGCUGUCCAUCACCGGCAGCGUCGGGGAGAACGGCCGGGUUCUGACACCUGACUGCCCCAAGGCUGUCCACACCGGGCCGCCCGUCCGCCAGAGCUCCGGCCUGGCCCUGGUCUCCUCCGAGCUUCCUUGAAAACCAAAAACCUCUCAAGUGCCUUAAUGCAACACCAACCGACCGGAACCACCAGGAGGCAGACUCACCGGGCCGGCGGGUCGCUGCCAGGCCGCGGGGGACGAACCAGAACUUCUUUUAAAUUCCAACCGGAGGACAAAAAAUAAUAUCAAAGAAAAAAAACAAAAAACUGCAGACUUGAAGCUAGUUGGUGUUUUGUGAGCUGACCGCUCUCGGACAGAUAUCGACGGGAACAUGCGCAGAUAUUUCUCUUCAUAAAAGCGGAAAUUUUAAUUUACCGAUACUGAAUAUAUGAGCAAAUCUAGGAUACUGUGAAGAUUAGUAAAUAUGUAUAUUCCGAGGAGGAACUCCAGCUGUUCAUCCCCACGGCUGUGCUUGCUUUUUAAACUCGUGUACAUAGCGGACGCCGUAGUGAAGACUCUGUCUUUUCUAAACCAUCUCUGGAGAUUUUAUUCGUCGCAGUAACGAAGCGGACGACGACCGGACGAACUUUGUGUUUAUUCUAUUAAUAUAGGAGCAUCCAAACUCAAUGUGAAGGGUAUCCACUGCCCAAAUACUCUGAUACCUGUUGCAGUAAAGUUUCUGAAGUAUAUUCCAGGAUGAAUGUUACUAGCUCCACCUGUAGGCCCGACCCGCGUAGUCUUUGUCACGGAACGUCGCUUCUAGAAGCGCAGUCUGAACCGUCAGCUGAAAUACGCAUGCGCUGAAGAAACAUUUCCGGGUUCUUCUUAAAACGUAGCUCAACAAAGUGUAACAUUUACAUUUAUAUAAAUUACAAUACUACUUGUUAUAAGAAGGUGUAUUUUCAUAAACAGUGUUAUAAUUUGAGUGAAUAAUUGGUGUGACUGCUGUAGUUUGUGACAUUUUGGCUAAGUUUAGCAGUUUAGCUAAAUGCUGCUAGUUUAUGGGUUUUUUUUCACACUGUUAUUCUAAGUAAACAUGCUAGUGAUAGCCUACAUGCUAUUUUUAGGAUGUCAUCGAGCUUUAGCUUUUCAAUUAAUUUGAGCUUUUAGGUGUUUUUUUGUUUUUUACAUUGCAUGGAAUGAAUGUUGCAGUAGGCCAAUGUCAUAGUCUACAUAGUUUACCUUAUAAACUGCUGUGACCUUACAGUUUAGCUUUGAAUGCAUCACUUUCCAAAAGCCUCUGGCUGUGAUUUUUGCAUUCACUGAAAGUUUUCGCUCCUGAAUUUAAUCUUCUAUUUGGCCUUCAGCAGUUGACUUCAAAUGCUUCUGUAAUUUCCACAAGAACUACUGAGCUUACAACAUUCACCCUGUAUUGUCACAGGAACUGUUACACCUUCUAGUUUAAUUAAAAAAUAAUAAUAUGUUUGGGACUCACUGGACUGUUAGCUAGUAGCUACUGUCAAGGAGCCCUCUGGUGGACAAAAAAGACCUUUAUUUUUACCAUAGUCAAAUCUUGUAUGAGAUUUAUUAUUCAUUGUCUAGAAAAUAGCUCAUCUUAAAAGUAAGCAUUAUGAAUACAAACAACUAUAUUACACUUUGUUGAUAUAUGUUUUAGGAAUAAUCUGGGAGUAUUUCUUCAGCGCAUGCGUGGUUGAGCGCUUGGUCCGGAUCGUGGUCCUGGAGCAGACGGUUCGGUGACAGUCCUCACUGUGCAGAUGUAGAUCCAGAGAGCGGCUCUAGGAACCAACUUCCUGCUCUCUGAUUAUUUAGUUUUUUUUCCCCAUUCUUUGAUCUAUUUUUUUAUGCUGAGAACUUAAAAAAAAAAAAAGUGACUUGAGUCAGUACUAUCAGGGUAGUACUUUACCGCCAUCAAUGGAACGACGCCAUCUCUCCCACUAUGUUGUGUGUUGAACUGGGAUUCGGGCCAGUCCUAGCUGAAUCACUGUGGAUCCUCUGGGAGGCUCAACAUGCUAUAGAAGAGACGUCCAGUCGGACAGUCUGCGGGAGGACACGAGACGCCCAGAGGCGCUGUUAGACGUUUCAUCAUCCGGCCCGUCCUCAUACAUGUUUACGAAAAGGGAAGAAACCAGCUGCACCGGUCCAGGUCUGCAUUCCUGUCCUGCCAUCCGUCUCCAGACCGGACGCGUCACAUGGGCGUCUUUUGAUUUAAUCGUAUGUCUUUAUUUUGAUCUUUUUUAAGUAAAGGAAAAAAAUCAUUUCAA